ACUUCUCUCUUGUGAAACUUAAAAAAAAGAUAGGUCUAAAGUCUCUACUCACAUUACUCACGUCUGGCAAACUGCUGUCUACAAAGUCACAACUCACUAUAUAGUUCUGAAAAGACUCUAUUUUUUUUAACUUUCAUGCCUUCAUGGUUUGUUUAACUUUGUUUAUUUACCUGAUUUAGAAAAUAAAAGUUUAAUGCAAUAUUACAAUACAAAUUCUACUGGUUGUAAAUUAACCGGGUAUUUCAAUAAUAAUUUGACUUAAUGCCCAAUGUUAUGUUGUGUUAUUAACUAUUAGAAUGUCAAAUCUGUGUAGAGACGAUUUCGAUUCGGGUCCUAAACAUGUAUUUUCUAUUGAAGACGGUCUAUGGCUAGGAAACUUAACAGCUGCCAUAGAUUUAGCAUUUUUACGAAGCAACGGAAUUAACUAUAUAAUAACAGUGGAUUCUUGUCCAUUGCCAGAAAUUAUAUUAGAUUUGAGAGACAUUAAUGUUAAGUAUAUACAAGUUACCGAUAUGGAUGGAGAAGAUCUUUUAAGCCAUUUUGAUAGCGCAUACGAGUUUAUAAAAAAAGGUCAAGAAAAAAGUUCUGUUCUUGUGCAUUGCUAUUAUGGAAUAUCCAGAAGUGCGUCAAUUAUAACAGCGUAUAUUAUGAAGAAGUAUAAAAUUAGUUUUGAUGAUGCUUUCCAAAGAGUUAAAAUUAAAAAUGCAGCUGCAUUGCCAAAUAGUGGUUUUCAAGCACAACUUAGUUUGUAUGAAACUCUGGGAUGGAAAAUUGACAAAAACAAUAUGCAAUUUAAACUGUUCAGACUGAAAAUAGCUGCUAGAAAAGUAAAAAAAGUUAAAAUUUUGCCACAAGACUGUAUUGACGUUAUUAAAGGAGACCCAUCUCUAAUAUGUGCUAGACCAGAUCCAAAAGUUUAUCGAUGCCGUAAAUGCCGAAGGAUUUUAGCUUUACAAUCAAAUGUAUUACCCCAUUAUACCAAUGAAAAAUUGUCAUGGAAAGAUUCAAAAUUAUCUUCAGAUUAUUCAAGCUCCCAAUUAUGUUCAGACACUAUAUUUGUUGAACCAAUGACUUGGAUGUCAGUGAGCCAAUCUGAAAGUGGAAAGAUCAACUGUCCAAAAUGUCGAUCUAAACUUGGCUCAUAUAGUUGGACAAUGGGAUGCCAAUGUCAAUGUGGUGCCAAAGUAUCUCCAGCAUUUUAUCUUGUGCCAUCUAAAAUAGAUUACAGUGGAUUUUUGCAAAAUGUUCAGGCUACUGUUUGAAAACCUAUUAUCUUAAUAAUGAUAUUCUAAAUGAAUAUUAUGUGUUAUUCUCUUUAUUCACUGUGUCAUUACACUAUUAUGUAAAAUAAUAUUAAAUUAUUGAUACUUAAGACAAUAAACCCAAUAUUCAAAUAA